ACGGAAAUAAAUCCGCUGAGUUUGUUCACAAUGGCAAUAUGCAUGUUUUGACAGGCUUAUUUAGUAAAUGUUAGUGUAUUUGUUUCCUCAGUUGAGCAGUUCUCCGUCAGUAUGUCUCUGUUGUUGUAAUUCUUGUGGGCUCUGGCACAUAUAAAUAGUUUAACAUCUAGCUGUUACCUCUGUGUUCACGGCAUCUUAAAUGAGAUAUGGUGCUGUGCUUUUUAAUCCAAACGGUGUGUCCGGUGAGCGCACUGUCCGCUGGCGACAGCCGGAUACUGUACUCGCGUGUAUUCGGACCAGAGACCGCAGAUGGCCGUGACUUCACACCGGAGCACAGACGACUGAUGCAGAAAGAGAAACUUCACAUGGUAACGAGGCAGGUACAGAGUGCUGUGACUUUGAGCAGGGAGGCCUCAGGCAAUCUGUGUGUGGAAGCUGUGCUGGGUGAGGAGGCUGUGGCACUGGGUGACUCCGAGAGUGGUGUGUUUUCUCUGGGCAAUGCAGAGAUGUUUCCAGAUCGGAGUGUUGUUCUGUGGCUGGGGGUGCAGUCUCUUGCAUUCACUCUGGUCUGCAGACCCCAUGAGAAUCUUUUGCUUGCAGAGGGAACACUUCGCAACAUUGCACGUCACUGCCUAGAGGAACUACGUCUGCUGGGACCUGGUUCUGAGGUAUUGCUGAAAAGUGAUAGAGUGGAUGCCAUGUUGCAGAGACUCCUUUCUCAUGGUCAGCUCCUUUUCCUCAACCACCGUUUUGCCCUCAGCGUGGAGAAAGAGAUAGCAAGCUACGUGAGCAAAUGAGUGUUUGUGUGUGUAUUGGCACAAUUACAUUGGCGAGUGUUUGCCACAUUUUGAGAGUAAUAUAUAAAUUGCCUGUUGAUAUAAGAGAUUCAAGAAAUCACUUUCCUCAGGAGGUGCAAUGCACAGUCCUGCAGAUGUUUAAAAAAUAGAAGAUCUCACCCACAAAGUGUACUGUUAACCAGUUGUUCCUGUUAACCAGUUGUUCCUGUUAACCAGUUGUUCCCUAUGAUGAUACCAGAGAGCAACAGUGCUAAAACUUCUGAUUACACUUUGACAAUAGAUUAGAUGGAAAAGUGUGAGGCAUCACACACAAAAAAACUGUAGAUAUGGUAAUAUUCAGUAGAGUGUUUCUAAAGGCAUAAAUAGCCCAUUCAAGUGAAUGCUGAACUGAUUUUGACCUUUACACGUUUGAGAGGAAAUCUCUGUUGUGUGUGCAAGAGACCUUGUUUUUCUGCCCUUUGCAGCUGUUUUAUUUGCAUGCAUGUUGUACAGCCUUACAACCCAUCCUGUAUUACCAGCCCAUUAACACUGUGAUUCUCCCAGGCAGGAUGAUUUGCGAGUACCGGGGUAACUUUCCAUAGCUGAUCAUUUUAUAAAUUUAUUAUAAAAUUGUUAAUAUAAGGCUGAAUUUAUAUGAACUCUGACCGAAUGUUUCAAAAUAAAACCUGUAUGUAUGUAUGUUUAUAUAGCUCUCCACUAGAGGGCAGUGUUGCAUUUUUAUUGUUUGUUGCAUGUUGUGUUUCAGUGAAUUGCAUAGCAAUCAGAAUAAUCCUAACACUUAUCUAAAAUAAUUAAAUGGAUCACAGCAGUGUGCCUGCCAACAGAUCUGAGAUGGCUGAUUGACAAGGCUGUAUGAAGCUAUCAUAUCAAGGCCAACAGAGCGAUCACUCAAAUCCAUAUUUAUCCUGUUGUCUCUAGUUUAAUCAUGUCGAGUUACCCCUGUCCCCAUGCUGCACUUGAAAUGAAGGAAGGUUGAGGAUGAAGCCCACUUACAGUAAGUGUGAGGUCAGUAAGUGAAACACAAGUAUUGUGGUUCAAUAUGUUGACUGGUAAGUGUGAAAUGGUUUCCUGUUCAAGAGUUUCUCGUGUCAUCUGUCUUACAGACAGUGUUGUUGGUAUUCUGCCUGCAUCAAGUAAGACAAGAGCCCUGUUAUGGCUGUAUUUCCAUAGCUGUGAAGAGCUGUUGAGUGACACUCAAAUUAAAUGCACCUAUAGCACAUUAACAUGGCACAAAAUGACAAGUCUAUGCAGUCAGAUAUAACUCAAAUUUAUUUAUAUUUUUUUCCCUUUGAUAAAAGCUUCUUGGCAAAUCCUGCAUUACAUUGUGACUGUAUCACAAAACAAUCUGUGCUUUAAUGUUAAGAUGAGGGAUCCUGGUAAAUAUGUAGUCUUAAUGGACUGGGAAGUUUUGAAUUCUGCAGUUUCUAAAUUCUUAUUUCUGAAAGAUCUUAAAAAUGUGCAUUUCUUAUGGUAUGAAUCCUGUAAUGGCAAAAACUAUCCACCUCAUUCCUGAACGCCAAGUGUUCCCUGAUUCAUAACAGAAGAAUAUUUUUGAUUUCUGGUCUCUAGUGUUUUAACUGUCAGCGGUGCAAAUUUUAGCGGAUAAUGUGAUGAGCAUAUUAAAUGUUUGAAAAUGUCCAAAUAAAAAACAAACCUCCGUAAUAAAGGUUAAAGGAGUGAGUAGAUGACAUGAAGCAAUAGUCAAGGUUUGUUACGUUGAAAUUAUCUAAUAACUAAAUUCUUUGUUGUUAUGACAGCCAACAACUGCACAAAUUUAGUCUUUACUCAUUUUCACUCCUACUAACACUUACACGGAUGAGCCAAAUCAUUAUGACCACUGGCCUAAUAUGCUGUUGGUUCUCCACAUGCUGCCAAAACAGCGCUGACCCGCCAAGGCAUGGGCUUUACAAAACUCCUAAAAGGUGUCCUAUUGUAUCUUGCACCAAGACGUUUGCAGCAGAUUGUUAAAUUCCUGUAAGUUGCGAGGUGGAGCCGCGCUGUGGAUCGGACUUGUUGGUCCUGCACAUCCCACUGAUGCUCAGAUUGAGCAGAUUGAUUAAACCAUUCCUGAACAAAGUGUGCAGAGAAGCAGGGUGCAUUAUCCUGCUGAAAGAGGCCACUGCCAACAGUGAAUACCAUUGAAGAGGUGUACCUGGUCCACAGCAAUGUUUCAGUGGCAGGUGUAAAAUUGACAUCCACAUGAAGAGGCCCAAGGUUUCCCUGCAGAACAUUGCCCAGAGAAUCACACUCCUUGUCGUCUUUCCACAGUGCAUCCUGGUGCCAUCACUUCCCAAUGUAAAUGGCGCACACAUAGACGUCCACAUGUUGUAAAUUAAAACGAGACUCAUCGGACCAGACGACCUUCUUCC